AUGGAAGGUUUGCCGGCGAAGUUAAAUGAUUUACCUGAUGAGAUUCUUUUUCUUAUUUUCAAAAAAUUGGACAAUAUUGAAGUGCUCUACUUAUUCAUAGGUGUUAAUAAACGAUUUAAUAAACUUGUACAUGAUUCAAUUUUUACGAAUCAUUUAACAAUGACAAGAUGUUCUUCUAAUGGUUCAUUUGAUCGAUUAGAUAACCAAAUACUUGAUCGAUUUUGUUCACAAAUUUUACCUUCGAUUCAUCAUAAAAUCAAAUGGUUGGAUAUUGAAUCCUCGUUUAUGGAAGAUGUUCUUCUUUGUACAAGUUAUCCCAAUUUAUGUGCACUUGGUUUGCAUAAUAUCGAGAAGGACAUUGCAUUACGUAUCUUUACUGACGAAACUCCUUUAACCCACAUAUUUCAAGAUAAAAUUUCAUCAUUUGUUAUUGAUGUUGUUCAAGAUAAAAAUAUAAGUGUAACAGACAACAGCAAAGCAAAUAUAUUUGCCUGCAUUUUAACCUUAUUCUCCAAGUUAAAAUAUUUACAUUACAGGCCAACUUUUUGGUAUCAACCAUUAUUUCAAAUUCCUUCAACUAUUUCCUCUUCAACUCUGUUAGAAUUGCAUGUCAAAUUAAAGAAUUUUACUGAUUGUCUUUAUUUACUUGAUGGUCGUUUCGAUUCACUUCAAAAACUUUCUGUUGAUAUUUAUGAAAUAUUAUCUCCACAGAUAAUAAUUGAUAACAAAAAACAAUUACCCAAUCUAAAACUUUUUUCGCUCUAUUCUGAACGAGAUACAGAUAAGUAUAAUGAAUUGAUUGUGCCACUUCUACAUCGAAUGAUCAAUCUAGAAGAACUCGAUUUACAUCUUGUUGUGUAUUGUGAGAAAAGAUUUAUUGAUGGUUAUGAUUUGAAAUACAAUAUUAUUAAGAAUUUAUUACGAUUAAAUAAAUUUAUAUUUAACAUACGAUCACGUCUGCCUAUAAACGAUCAACUUUAUUUAUCAUCAAAUGAAGAUUGUCAACUUUCAUUCAAUGGUUUUAAAAAUAAUAAAAUUAUUUCAUGUAUUGAUUAUUUCCCAGAUCGUAAACAAGGUCAAUGUCAUAUUUAUUCAUAUCCAUAUCAAGCAAAAUAUUAUGAAUAUAUUACAAAUAAUUUUCCAGAUGGAUUAUUUAAAUAUGUUCGUGAAGUCUCAUUAUAUGAUGAACGUCCUUUUGAACAUGAAUUCUUUGUGAAAAUUGCUAAAUCUUUCCCAUUCAUGGAACAAUUAACUGUAUACAAUGAUAAACCACAGAAGAACAAAUUUGAUGAACAAUCAAAAGAUGAUAAUCGACAUUUAUCAGUUAUUCAAUAUCCUUAUCUUAGUGUAGUUGAUUUGUUUCAUGCUCAUGAUGAUUAUGCGGAGCAAUUUCUAUUGGAUAUCAAAACGUGUUUAACAACAAAGCUCAACCUUCAAGUCUACUUUUCAACUUUGGAUAGAGUAACAAACAAUUUUACAAGAGAUGCAACACGAACCAAUUGUGCCAAAUUACUUCGUGUACAGGUACCUCGUAAUAUAUCGAUUUCAAAGCAGUUGAAAGACUAUUUUCCUGAUACGAAAAUUUAUUCUUUAAAUCUGUAA